AUUCGAGAGUAUAAAAGUCGGAGACUUGAGUUGAUAAUUCCAGUUGCUAGAAAGUUCGAAAAUUCAUUUGGUUCUUGGCGGGAUAUUUCUCUUCCCUAAAAAUUAUUGGCCAAAUCAAGAUUGUGCUGCCUCUCUACUCCGUCAUUUCGAUCUCUGCUCUCUAAUCGCACAAACCCUAGGCCAAUCAGGAGGCUGAUCAUGAGUCUCCCCGCUAAACGUGGUAGGGAGGAUGUUCAGAUUGGAGGAGGAGGAAACGACGAUAACGGAAGCGGUGCGGAGUUCCAUAAGAGGACUAGCACCGAGGAUGGCCCCACCGAAGUCGAACGUGAGGCUUCACCUGACGAUUUUGAAGACAGUCGCCCUAAGCGGAGUCGUACCACCGGAGGAACUUCUUCCGAACCCGCUCUGAGCUUGAUAGAGGUUGUCAGAGGAAAUGGAAAGAUUAUCCCUCAAGCUGUCAAGCUUUGGGUUGAAAGAUAUGAAAGGAAUCCAAAACCAGCAAUGGUUGACCUCUUAAUGAUGUUGUUUGAGGCAUGUGGACCUAAAUACUAUGUAAGUGAAGACUUUGUGGAUAUGAUUGAUGUUGAUGACGUGGUGGUUGCUCUUGUCAAUCUUGCUAGAAGGGGGGAAGUUGAAGAAAGUACAAAAAAGAAGGAAAUCAAGAACUUCAGGGGAAAUCUUGUUUCAUUCUGGGACAAUCUGGUUAUUGAAUGUCAGAAUGGACCAUUGUUUGACACAGUUUUGUUUGAAAAGUGCAUGGACUAUAUAAUUGCAUUAUCAUGCACUCCUCCAAGAGUUUAUCGUCAAGUUGCUUCAUUAAUGGGUCUCCAACUUGUUACAUCCUUUAUAUCUGUUGCAAAAAUGCUUGGCUCACAGCGAGAAACCACUCAGAGACAAUUGAAUACUGAAAUGAAGAAACGAUCUGAUGGGCCUCGUGUGGAGUCACUAAACAAAAGGCUUUCAAUGACUCAUGAUAAAAUAACCGCAUUGGAGGACAUGAUGCGCAAAAUUUUCACAGGGUUAUUUGUGCAUCGGUAUCGGGAUAUUGAUCCCAAUAUUCGAAUGUCAUGCAUCCAGUCACUUGGUUCUUGGAUUUUGUCAUGGGAGUACAUGAAGGCAAUGAAGGAUUGGAAAUGUAUUAUAUCCAUGCUCUUGGAUGAGAAUCCGCUGAUUGAGCUUACUGAUGAGGAUGCAACAAACUUAAUUAGACUUCUUUCUGCAUCUGUGGUAAAGGCUGUUGGAGAGACAAUUAUUCCUGCUUCAGAUAAUCGUAAGCCAUAUUUCACUAAGGCUCAAAAGGAAAUAUUUGAAAGCAAUAGACGAGAAAUUACUGUUUCCAUGAUGAAGUACCAUACACAGCUUCUUCGCAAAUUCAUGGCUGACAAAGCAAAAGUGUCAUCGCUUGUUGAGAUUAUUGUGUAUAUGAACCUCGAGCUUUAUUCCCUUAAGAGACAGGAGCAAAACUUUAAGACCGUUCUUCAGCUCAUAAAAGAUGCAUUUUUUAAACAUGGUGAGAAGGAGGCACUGAGAUCCUGUGUGAAAGCUAUUACUUUUUGUGCAACUGAGAGUCAAGGGGAGCUUCAAGAUUUUUCCCGUAAUAAAAUGAAGGAUCUUGAAGAUGAGCUUAUUGCUAAACUUAGAUCAGCAAUGAAAGAAGUAGCAGAUGGCAAUGAUGAAUACAGUCUUCUUGUAAAUUUGAAAAGGCUAUAUGAGCUUCAAUUGUCAAAGCCUGUACACGUUGGAAGCUUAUAUGAUGAUAUUGCGAUGACUCUCCGUAAUUUAAGAAACUUAGAUGAUGAGGUUGUCAGUUUUAUGCUUCUGAACAUGUAUUUGUAUGUGGCCUGGUCUCUGCAUUCUGUUGUAAAUAGUGAGGUAGUAUCUGAAGCAUCCUUAAGGUCUCUAUUAUCAAAGCGCACUACCUUGUUUGAGGAACUUGAGUAUUAUCUUAACAUUCCUCCUCUAGUUGAAGGCAGUAAAUCUGGAAAUCAGCUAGCUUGCCGAGUUUGUACUAUGCUUGCAGAAGUUUGUUGUUUAUUUAGAAAGACAAAUUUUGCUUCGACAAGGAUGGAAAUGCUGGGAUAUUGUCCUGAUACUUCUGUUCUUGAGAAAUUUUGGAAACUUUGCGAACAGCAGUUGAGUAUCUCAGAUGAGACAGAAGAUGAUGAUGCAAACAAAGAGUACAUUGAGGAGACAAAUAGGGAUGCAGUUAUGAUUGCUGCUGCGAAGUUAGUUACUACUGAUACCGUUCCCAAGGAUUACCUUGGUCCAGAAGUCAUUUCUCAAUUUGUGAUGCAUGGGGCUAAUGUUGCGGAGAUUGUGAAGAAACUUAUUUCCGUCCUAAGGAAAAGAGAUGAUGAUCUAUCUAAUAUCUUUCUAGAAGCACUGAAAAGGGCCUUCAGUCGGUAUGCUGUGAAACUGUCAACAGAUUAUGAUGAAUCUGUAAGGAGCAGAUAUUUUCAAGAAUGCAAGAAUCUUGCUGCUCGGCUUUCUGGAACAUUCAUGGGUGCAGCUCGAAACAAGUAUAGAUCAGAAAUUUUAACAAUUGUCAGGGAAGGCAUUGAUUAUGCGUUUAUAGAAGCUCCCAGGCAGCUGUCAUUUCUGGAAGGUGCCAUCCUUCAUUUUGUAUCGAAACUUCCUUCAUCUGAUGUCAUGGACAUUCUGAAAGAUGUCCAAAAGCGAAGAGAGAAUUUUAAUACUGAUGAAGAUCCCAGUGGAUGGCGCCCUUAUUUUACAUUUGUUGACACAUUAAGCUCUAAAUAUGCAAUGAACGAUGAUUUUCAAGAUGAGAAAGAUGGAGCGACUGUCAGGCGUAGAGGUCGUCCUCGAAAAAGCCGUAAUAUUGAAGGAAAGAGACUCUUUGAUGAGAAUAAUUCAAGUGAAGAGGAACCAAUUAGUGAUCCAGACCAAGAAGAUGCUCAAGACGAAGAAGAUGAUGAAAAUGCCCCGUUGAUACAUUCUCUUAAAUCAUCCAGAUUGAGGUCAUCGAAAACCCCAAGGGAAGAAAACACCCACUAGGCACAGUUAGUGACAGAGUUUUUGCAAGCCUACCAAUCCUUUAGCCCCAUCCAGGACUUUAGGAUCGUCUGAGAGAAUGCCAGACCUUCGUGCAUUGUAGAAUACAUAGCUUGUAAAUAAAGUUCAUAAGGUUUCAUCUAUCUGUCUUUCCCAUUGGGUUGAGGUUACUCUCCAUGCCUUCUUUUAUAUUGUUCUGGUUCGUGCCAGACUCAAAUUUAAAUGUCACAGUAGUUUAUUAUCAAAGCUUUACCAAAUUUUCCAUGUUUAAGAUACGAUUGUUGUUGUCUCAACCGAAUUCCUCUUCUCCAGAAAUGUACUGGUGCUGGGUCGAUGAGAGGUCCAAAAGAGAAAA